ACUAACAAAUUUUAUAAGUCACAUAAUGCGUUCUUUACUACUCAUUUUUGUCUUCUCUCUUGUGAUCAAUUCUCAAGCCAGAUCAUUAACAGAAAACCGUGACCACCAACUCGGUGGGAUCAGUCGUAAACUACCGUUGCGAGCCACUGGAGUGGUGGACUACAACGGCCUGGCGGUUCUGAACCCGGGGAAACCAGGUUUUAUUGAGAUGAUAAAUGGUUAUGGGAGGGAUAAACCUAAGCGAGCGCCUCCAGCUCCCAAGGAAGCGCCGCCAACACACCAAGUGAGUGGGUUGGGGAAUCUGGGGAAGGAGGGUGGUGAGGAGGUACCCCCGCCUCCCCAUCACGCGCCACCCACCCACCAGGUGACUGGUGGCGGAGUGGUGGCGCAGGAGAAUUAUGGGAAGGAGGGAGGUCAUCUGGCGCCUCCACCUCCACACCCUGCACCACCUACUCACCAGGUAAGUGGCGGCCGAGCAGCGGAGAUGGAAGAAUCAUGGGCGGCGUAUGUGUUGCUCUCAGCCUCAGCCUAAGAUAUUACUAAUUACUAUAUGUAUAUUGAGUUAAAUUAAAGUUAUGCUUUAGCUAUAGUAUAUGUUUGUCAUGUAAGAUAAAAAAAAGUUUGGCCUCGUUAGCUUGUAUGUUUCUACAAUAAAUAGGAAUUUUUGUUGUGUGCUGCCCCUAAUCUUAGUUCA